GACAAAGACAGAGGAAAGCCGAGGGACUGCAGUUUGCAAUAGGCGCGAGAGGACCACCAAAUACCUCCAUGGGGUAGCCAUACAGACGCAGUCCACUCCUGGGAUCCUUAUGUGAACACGAUGAAGUGCAUCAAGAGGCAAAGAGGGUACCCAUACCAGUGAUAUUUCAAGGACAUGUUGCACUGAAGUGGUGAGAAGCUGACCAUGGGUGACUGGAACCUGCUGGGCAGCAUCCUAGAAGAGGUCCACAUUCAUUCCACCAUUGUGGGCAAGAUCUGGCUUACCAUACUCUUCAUCUUCCGCAUGCUGAUCCUGGGUGCGGCCGCUGAGGACGUAUGGGAUGAUGAGCAGUCCGAGUUUGUCUGCAACACUGACCAGCCUGGCUGCAAGGCAGUCUGUUACGACCGUGCCUUCCCCAUCUCCCUCAUUCGCUUCUGGGUCCUGCAGGUCAUCUUCGUCUCUGCACCCUCGCUGGUCUACAUGGGCCACGCCCUCUACUGCAUCCGAUCGCUAGAGAAGGAGCGACACCGCAAACGAGCCCAGCUGAAGGAGGAGCUGGACGAGCUUGAGUUGGCGUUGGAUGAGCAUAAGCGCAUGGAGAGGGAGCUGAGGAAGCUGGACGAGCAGAGAAGGGUGAAGAAGGCUCCUCUCAGAGGCUCUCUGUUGAGAACCUACAUCAUCCAUAUCCUUACACGCUCUGCGGUGGAGGUGUGCUUCAUCCUGGGCCAGUAUGUACUCUAUGGUGUCCAACUAGAGCCGCUCUAUAAGUGUGAGAGGCUACCUUGCCCCAACAGUGUAGACUGUUACAUCUCUAGGCCCACAGAAAAGACCAUCUUCAUGGUCUUCAUGAUCGCCAUCGCUGGUGUGUCACUUUUCCUGAACAUUCUGGAAAUAUCCCACCUGGGCAUCAGGAAAAUCAAACAGACACUGUAUGGAGAGAGGUACACGGAAGAUGACAGUUUGAUUUACAAGUCCAAGAAGAAGGCGUCCUUACCACACCUCUGUGUAAUGAGCACUGUAUCACCUCACAAUGGGCCUUUGACUCAGACCUUCAAAGUGAUUCCAGAGGCAGACAUGAAGCCUCCUCAUUAUAACACUGGGCUUAAAGCCAACCAGGACGCACUAAGACACAACAGCUUGGCUCAUCUGCGUUACAGUCAGACCAGCUAUAUCUGCCCCCAACCUAGGAUGCCACCCAGGUCUGACCAGAACUGUGCAAUCCAAGCCCCCCAAACCCAUGAAGGUCCAGAGGUCAGCACAGCCAUGGUGGACAACCAUCCAGCCUGGGCUUCUGCUGUGUCCAAUGUGGAGGAAAGUAAAACAAGCCAUCUUGAGGAUCCCCAUGAUGGAGAACACCCUCAACCCAGCCACUUGGAAUCUCUGCUGUCAGCUAGCACCUUAAGGCCCAGCGCUAUCAGAGACCUGGAUGAGGAUGAGCGAAGGGAGUCGAUGGGAAGCGAGGUCCUGCUGCACAACCCCAGGAAGACCAGCUUCAUGAUCAGACCACCAUCUGAGAGCUUGUCCUCCAUCAGUCGCUCCACGAGCCCUUCCUUACAUACCUCAGAGGAGUCGGAUGAACUGGGCUCCCUGCAGGGAGACAUGCCAAUGAUGCCGCCUGCUGGAGGCCGAAGAAUGUCAAUGAGCAUGUUUCUGGAUAUCUCCUCUAUCAUGAAGAAGUGAAGUGACAACACUAACAUCAUGGCCGUAUGAGCUGUAUUCCACAGCCCAGCUGGGUCACAAACAGGAGAAACUGUAUCAAUGAUCCAGCCAUCAACAUUGAUCCACCCCUCAAGUCACAUGGGGCCAAAACCAGUCAGCCAGCCAUGAUGAGGCAGCGGACUCAGUGCCAAAGCCCAGUAUGUUUUGGAUUUGAAGCACCUUAUAAUGCCUACAUGUGGGGACUAACAGGAAAGGAUUGUAUCUUUAUAAAAACAUCUGUCCAUGUGUUGGCUGAAUUUUUAAGAUUGUGCAGAAACAACACAAUGGAUUAUGAAGCAAACUCCUCAGAGGAUGCCUUUGCUUCUGGACUUUAUAAGCUUAAAAUACAUUUCUAAGUCAAAGACUUGGUUAGAAUGUGUGUAUCUGUGUAUAGUCAUUUAUAUACAGUCAUUUGAUGAUAAAUGAUGAUACUUUAUAUUAUAUUCAGAUUAAAUGCUUCUUAACAAAACAGCAAUCAU